AUGGAUGACUCCAAGGAAGAGAGGGAGAAUCAUCUGUGCUCCCCAGGGUGUCAGGACUACCAUCAGUCCAUCAUGAUACUGCAGCUCAUCUCCCUGCUUCUCUUCUCUGCUCUCCUCGUGGUUGUCCUUGCCAAAGUUGCUGUUCCUCAAGCGCAGACACACAGCUUGGAGCAGAUCCAGCAGCAGCUGACUCAGAUCAAUGCCUCGCUUGCUGGCCUGUGCCGGCCCUGCCCCUGGGACUGGGAGCUCUUCCAGGGAAGCUGCUACCUCUUCUCCCAGACUCAGGGCAGCUGGGAAGCCUCAGCCUCCUCCUGCCGGGACCUUGGAGCCCACCUGGUGAUUAUCAACAGUGUUGAAGAGCAGGACUGCCAUCGGUCCGCCACAAUACUGCAGCUCAUCUCCCUUGUGCUCCUGGCUGCUGUCCUCGUGGCUGUCCUUAUCAAAGGCUCUGACGUUCCUACCUCCCAGGAGCAGGAGCAGGAGCAGGAGCAGGUAAAGCAACGCAUCCACCAGGAACUGGACCAACUGAAGGCUGGACUAGACCGCCUGUGCCGCCCCUGCCCCUGGGACUGGACUCUCUUCCAAGGAAACUGUUACUUCUUCUCCAAGUUCCAACAGAACUGGAAGGAAUCUGUCACCGCCUGCCAGGAAGUGGGGGCCCAACUUGUUGUCAUCAAGAGUCAUGAGGAGCAGAGCUUCCUGCAGCAGACCUCUAAGAAGAUAGGCAAUGCCUGGAUGGGCCUGUCGGACAUAAAACAGGAAGGGAAAUGGAUGUGGUUGGAUGGUUCACCACUGAAAUGGAGCCAAUAUUGGUCUCGAGGGGAGCCCAACAAUAUUUACGAUGAAGACUGUGCAGACUUUUCAGAAAAUGGAUGGAAUGAUAACUCAUGUUCCUUAGAGAAAUUCUGGAUCUGCAAGAAGCCUGCAUCUCCCUGCUCUAGGUGA